CAGUUGGAUUGCCUCAGAGCUCGCAGGCACAUUCCCAUCCGGAAUAAUAUUUUCUAGAAUAAGACUAAAAACUUGAAGUAGAAAAUGCAUCGGCUUCUGUUCCUAAUUUUUUUGGCUCUCAAAUACCAGAGCAAUGCAAUGAACUUUUCGCCAUUGCCGAAUCGAGUGAUAGAUGCUCCAAAGCACCUAAAAACCCGAAUGAUCCAAGUGCGAAGCUCCUACUUUGGAUACUCGCUCGUCAUCCGUCCAACCAGCAUCUUCGUGGGAGCUCCGCGUGCUCAGUCCACCUUGGAAUCGCAAGGCAGCAUUAAUGAGACUGGAGCUGUCUACAGAUGCCCCCUGGCCAGUGGAUCCUGCUCGCAUUACGUCCUAAACGACAAGCUAAAUAAGCAAUUCCAGUGGCUGGGCGGCUCUAUGGAUGGCGGCACCAAGGAUACGGACAAGCUGCUCGUGUGCGCACCUCGGUUUUUCGUGCCGAAGAACAAGAACUAUGGCCAAAUGAGAGGAAUUUGCUACUGGGUUCGGGACACAGUGGCAGACACUCCUCCGCUGAGCGACGUGAGGACUAUCAGUCUAAUCCCUUCGCAAGCAGAAGAACAUUUCAUGCUGGAGCUGGGGCUCAGUGCCCAUGUGACGGACGACAACUCGGGGUUCCUGAUCGGCGCCCCGGGAGUCCGUAGCUGGAAGGGAUCGGUGUUAGUGCACCGCGGAGAAGAUUUGGCUGCCCAGGGAAGCUAUGCAGUCAAGAUGCUCGAUUCGUGGGAUUGGGUAAAGAAUCACUUCACAUACGUCGGUUACGCCCUGAGCUCCGGAUACUUUAGCAGCAAUAACCGGACCAGUCUGCUCUACGUGACCACCGCGCCGAGCUCUGUCCUGAAUACCGGCAAGGCAUACAUUUUCGACGUUGUGGGAGAGAUAGUCCGUAAGCUGCAUGUGUUUCACGGCGAGCAGUUGGGCGAGUACUUCGGUUACUCCGUGGUGGCGGAAGAUCUCAAUGGCGAUGGACUAACGGAUGUGGUCGUAUCCGCGCCACUCAACGCUCUAGGGGAUUCCUAUGACGUGGGUGCCAUAUACGUGUUCAUCAACAAGGGAUUGUUUAAAUUCGAGAAAAAGAUAAUUCGCUUGCCAUUGAGCAGUGGUGCCCGUUUCGGAAGUUCGCUUUCUAAAGUGGGCGAUAUCAACCACGACGGAUACAACGACUUGGCCGUUGGAGCGCCCUUCGCGGGAAACGGAGCGGUAUUCAUUUUCCUGGGCAGCGAGCACGGAUUGCGGGAUGAGCCGAGCCAGCGACUGGAUGCUCCUUCGCGGGAGCCGGGUCCAUACGGAGCCCACAUGUUUGGACAAGGCCUCUCCCGCGGAUCGGACAUAGAUGGCAACGGAUUCAAUGACCUGGCGAUUGGAGCGCCCGGUGCCGAGGCAGUGUAUCUGUAUCGCGCAUAUCCGGUGGUCAAAAUCCAUGCGACUGUGCGCUCGGAAUCGCGCGCGAUCAGGCCGGAGCAGGAAACGAUUACGGUGACCGCCUGCUACCGACUGGAAACUACUUCCAAGGCGAGGCAGAUGCAGCAGCAGGAGCUGACUUUCCGGAUGACCAUAGAUGAGCUCCUGCAGCGGGUAUCGUUUGCGCCCAUGCGCACCAAUGAGGUGUCAUUCCAGGCGCAGGCCGGAUUGAGCGGGAGUUGCCGGAACUUUUCGGUGGGGGUGCACUACACCGGUGGCAUAUUCACGCCCAUUGAUCUCGAGCUGCACUACGAACUGGCCAAGAAGAUUCCCCAUUCUCACGAAGCAUUCUGCGAAUCCUGCGCCGUUGUCGAUCCCCUGGAGCCCAAGUAUGCCACGGGGACGCUCAGCUUUAUGACGGGAUGUGCCGCCCAUGUGUGUGUAUCUGACUUGCAGCUGAGCAGCAAGGAUGUGAAUUCUAGUUUCAUCUUUGGCUCCUUGGAAGUCCUCAGUUUCAGUUACGAGAUUACCAACAGCGGAGAGCCCGCCUACGUGGCCCAGUUCAAUGUGACCAGCUCCGCCCGUCUGCCCUUCGCCAAGGUUCCUGGGAACUGCAGGGUGCGGCACGAGGUCAUGCUGUGCGAUCUGAACGGCGGACGAGCGCUGGCCAGAGGUGACAGCGAAUCCCUAACCAUCAUCUUCGAUGUCACCCAGCUCAGUGGUCAAUCACUUACCAUCGAGGCAGCCGUAUCCUCUGCGGGAAUGGACCAGAAUCCGAAGGAUAACACGAUGAGCACUACGAUUAGCCUAAGGGAAUACGCCGAGAUCGACGCCAGUGGUGGUCCCAUAGAUGGACAUAUCGCUCUCAAGGAGUAUCCCUACUCCGCGGAAGUUAACAACAGCUACGAGUUCAAAAGUCAUGGGCCCAGCAUCAUAGAUGAGCUCACUGUGUACGUUGAUGUACCCAUAGCUUAUACAGUAACGGGAUCCGCGGGGAUCAAGUCCAUCUUUAAUAUAAGCAGUCUACAGAUGCAGGCCACCCACGGUUCCGAACUGGUGCCCAUAAAGCUCUACGACCAGACUAACACUCUGGCUAAGGAGUACCCCUUGGAGGACUCCAGUCGAAGAGCGAACCGAAAGCGAAGGGAACUCCAGCAGGAUCAGUAUGCCAUCAUGCCGGAUGUGAAUAUCAGCGACAUACUGACCAAAGAGAAUCUUCCCGCGAAUCGCACUCUUGUGCUCGACUGCCUGCGCGGCAACUGGACCAUCUGCGUCCGAUCGCAAAUGCGGGUGCAACUGAAGCCGGAGCAGCCCAUUGACCUAAGGAUAAGCUUCAAAGUGGACCUAAAUGAUUUCGUGAAUACCUUCGAUUACUUAGUCAUCUUCACCAACGUUGAAAUGUUCAAGGAAGGCGAUUCCACAUCAAUUGCCCUCAAGCGAAACCUCAAGCCCAAUGUGAUCUUCAACUAUUCAGAGACUCCACUGCCCAUUUGGUACAUCAUUCUGUCCCUGAUCGCUGGACACCUGCUGCUCGGUGCGAUGACCUAUAUCCUCUACAAGCUUCGGUUCUUCAAACGCGGCAAGAAGGAGGAGCUCAAGAGAUUGCUGGAGGAGCACAGAUCCGAGACGAAAGAACCUGCAACGGAUUGUGAAGGCAACCAAGAGGAAAUCAACGUGGAAAUGCAUUCUGAUUUAGAAAAUUAAUAAGUUGUUAAUGAUGAAGGUCCUUGUAGAUAAUCUUAAUGGAUAAUCCCUUUAAUACAAAUAAUU